AGGCUGUUGGCAGGAGGGGACAGCAACAGCUCUACCAGGAGAGUUCUUAGCCACUUCCUUAGCUGUCUGUCAGUCCGCAGAGCAGCUCCAGUGUCCUCAGCUUCUGUGGUUCCUGGGGACUAGUGCAGAUUCCCAGGAGAUCAGAGAUGUCCACAGAAGACGAAGAAGAAAAGCUCAUCUAUGAGGCAGUGUUAAAUCAUUUCAAGAGCUGCAGAGUGGAGAUCUCACAUGCAAUAACGCACACAUUUCCUUUCCUGCAUGGCCUCCGUGACCGUGGACUCAUCACGGAUAGAAUGUUUCAGGAUGCAGAAAAUUCUUGGAGAAACAUGAUGCGUGUUGAACAUGUGGUGUAUGAUGUUCUUGAGAAACUGGAGAAGUUUGACGAGACUGUUUUCGAGGCAGUGUUCAACGAGGUCAACCUGCAGGAAUACCCCAAAUUAGUUCCUGUUCGUAAAAGCUUUGAAAUUGAAGUCAACCGCAAGCUUCGAUUCCAGAACAAUGUCAGAGGCCACAUAGAGGAGAAUUCCAGGAUUCAGCUGCCACUGGAACAAGAGAUGUCCACAGAAGACGAAGAAGAAAAGCUCAUCUAUGAGGCAGUGUUAAAUCAUUUCAAGAGCUGCAGAGUGGAGAUCUCACAUGCAAUAACGCACACAUUUCCUUUCCUGCAUGGCCUCCGUGACCGUGGACUCAUCACGGAUAGAAUGUUUCAGGAUGCAGAAAAUUCUUGGAGAAACAUGAUGCGUGUUGAACAUGUGGUGUAUGAUGUUCUUGAGAAACUGGAGAAGUUUGACGAGACUGUUUUCGAGGCAGUGUUCAGCGAGGUCAACCUGCAGGAAUACCCCAAAUUAGUUCCUGUUCGUAAAAGCUUUGAAAUUGAAGUCAACCGCAAGCUUCAAUUCCAGAACAAUGUCAGAGGCCACAUAGAGGAGAAUUCCAGGAUUCAGCUGCCACUGGAACAAGGUAACAAGCAUUUCUCACUUGUAGAGGGAACGGAGCCAGCUGGGUUCUGGACAGAGAGGAUAAGCCAGGGAUGGAACGUGGGAGGACAUGGAGAAGGUCAGGGACACAAGGGAGGACAUUGA